AUGAACCCCAUUGAGCACAUGUGGGAUAAGCUAAAAAGACGUGUUAGGGCUCGUCAGCCAGUUGCCCAGACGAUGCAGGAAUUGAAAACUGCCAUAGAAGAGGAAUGGGAGAUGAUCCCUCAAAAUUUCAUAGAGCGGUUGAUAAACUCUAUGCCUAAUCGUAUGAGAGCUGUCGUAGAUGCCCAUGGAGGCAACACGCGUCAUUAA